AUGCCUCGAAAACGUCGACAGAUAGAUUCGUGCGAUUCGGACGACGACUUUGACGAUCUAAAACAUCCCCAAAGAAACGCGGCGAACGCGAGAGAAAGGGCGCGAAUGAGAGUGUUGAGUAGGGCCUUCUGCAGAUUAAAAACUACCCUACCUUGGGUACCUGCCGAUACGAAGUUGUCCAAAUUGGAUACGCUGAGAUUGGCGACCAGCUACAUAGCGCACCUUAGAGCGGUCCUCAUGGAUCAACCGUUACCUUCCGAUCAAAUUCAUAAGCAUCCCUUAACGUUG